AUGCCGAUCUCUCUUUCUCUGUUUUUUUCUCUCUUUCUCUGUCUUUUUCUCUCUUUCUGUCUUUCUCCCUCUUUCUUUUCCUCUCUUUCUGUCUUUUCUCUCCUUCUAUCUUAUCUCUCUCUUUUAUUCUGUCUUUUUCUUUCUCUCUUUUUCUCUUUCUUUUUUUUCUCCUUCUUUCUCUCUUUUCUCUCUCUCUUUCCUUCUAUCUUUUCUCUCUCUGUCUUUUUUGUUUCUCUUUCUUUCUGUCUUUUUUUGUUUCUUUUUCUGUCUUUUUGGCCUCUCAUUCUUUCUGUCUUUUUUGUCUCUCUCUCUCUCUCUUUGUCUUUUUUGUCUUUCUCUUUCACUCUCUUUGUUUUUUUUGUUUUUCUCUCCCUCAUUUUCUUUUUGUCUUUCUCUCUCUCUCUCUCUUUGUCUUUUUUGUCUUAUUCUCUCUCUCUCUCUUUGUCUUUUUGUCUCUCUGUCUUUUUGGCCUCUCAUUCUUUCUGUCUUUUUUGUCUUUCUCUCUCUCUCUCUUUGUCUUUUUUGUCUUUCUCUCUCUCUCUCUCUUUGUCUUUUUGUCUUUCUCUCUCUCUCUUUGUCUUUUUUGUCUUUCUCUUUCACUCUCGUUGUCUUUUUUGUCUUUCUCUCUCUCUCUUUCCUCUUCUCUCUCUCUCUCUCACUCUCAGUCUUUCUCGCUUUCUUAAUUUUCUCUCCUCACUUUCUAUUUAUUUUCUAUCACUCGUUCUCUUUCUAUUUUUAUUGCUGGUUAUAUUUUCUAUCUAUCUAUCUAUCUAUCUAUCUAUCUAA